UUUUCUAUUUUCUUUACAUGUUGUAAAUCAUAUUUAUGCUGCAUUACGUCUCAUCUUGCAAAAAUAGUCCCAAAAUAUUACUAAUAUUCUAUUUAUUCCAGUAGAUUCUAUAUAUUUACUCAUGCAGAAUGGUAUUUUUGGCCAGUUUUAGACACACUGCAGGCUGUAUUUCUUUGGUAAACCGGAGGGGGAUCAGUGUCUCUAAUAAAUGUAAAUGUGUCGCUUCUUUCUGUCUAAUCCUCCAUCAUUAAACAUUCAUCUCCUCCCUGAAGCUCCGACUUCUCUCUUAACGCGCCGCUCCGCUACUUUUCACACCCUCAACCACUUGACUCUUGGACCCGCCUCCGUCCUUUUUAACGGCCUGUUCAGGACGGAGGACACACUCUCUCAAGUCCGUCCUCAUGUAUUUUUCAUGCUGUUGAACCCUCGCCGGUCGGCCCGAGCAGCUCCGGGCUCCAGCUCCCUUCUAACGGCAUUCAUGGACCCAAACCCUCCGCUGUCCGCUUCGCUUUAACGGGCUGCAGCCGCCGAAUCCUCCGUGAGGACACAGACGUGGAAUUUCUCCUGCUUCCGUCUCUCCCUGCGCCUCCUUUCGCGUCAUGUCAUUUGGCACCAGCGCAAAAAUAGGAUUCUCUGUCCGGGAUAUCCUUGAUCUUCCAGACCGGUCCGGAAGAUGCGGGUCCGGGACCGAGGAGACCGAGGAGGACGAUGCUGAAGAGGCCUCAGCGGAGGCUCCGGAGUCGGAAAACGCGCAGAAACUGGGAUUUAGCCGCCGGAGUUUGUGCGAGCGCGGCGGUGGAGGCUUCGAAAGGUGGAGCUGCGCAUCCGGUAACCUGCAUUUUUCAUUACACGGUAUGUCUUUAGAGUCCCGCACCGAUCCCAAGUCCCCCGAGCUCUCCAUGGAUGAGUCCCCGGACGCAGAUCGGGAGCAGCCGUGCGGAGAGGCGCAGAAGAGCCGCGGCAGGAAGCGGCGCGUCCUCUUCUCCAAGGCGCAAACCCUGGAGCUGGAACGGCGCUUCAGGCAACAGCGCUACCUGUCCGCCCCAGAGAGGGAGCACCUGGCCGGACUGAUCCGCCUCACCCCGAACCAGGUGAAGAUCUGGUUCCAGAACCACCGCUACAAGAUGAAGCGCGCCCGGGCCGAGCGCACCCUGGACGCGCUGCAGCUGCUGCCGGCCCGCCGGGUCGCCAUCCCGGUCCUGAUCCGGGACGGGAAGCCGUGCGACCGGAUAACGGCGCACGACCUGGAGGCGACGCUCCGGUCCGGCCUCAGCCUGCCUCUGUGCGCCUAUUCCCCGCUGCUGCACCCCGCAUACGGGCCGGAGCACGGCGGCCUGCCGCAGCAGCACCCAGGGAUGCAGCAGCUGGCGCACAUGUACCACUGGAGCUGGUGAAGACAAGACUUUAACUGAAGGAGACAUCUGAAAAUAUACCGACAAGUCCACUUUAUAAGCUCGCAUUCGGCCUUAAAAUUCUAGUUUUUCAUUAAUGUUCCCCGCACAGAAGCCACUGUUAAAUGAUAACGAGCUCAUUUGCAGAAGUGAGAAGAUUGUCUUUUUUAAAAACUGAGUUUGGUGCAUUUCAGGAUAAAUUUUACUGAGUCUGGAAACAAAAUAGAUUAAAACGAAAACUGUAAAGUUAAAGCCGAAGCUCCUAUUAAAGGCUCAUUUCUCCAGCAGUCCAAAAACACCUUUUAAGACAGGAAUUAAUGUAAAGACAAAAUUCUCCAACAAACACUACUUUUUUCCUGUUUUUAAACCGGCUUGAAAAAACUGACUUUAACUCUCGUUCAGACGCGCAACACGUCUAAAACUACUGUUUCCACGAGCCGGAAGUCGAACUGAUGAAGAAAAAACAGACCAAACCAAAUGUUUUAUUGGUUUUUGCUACUUUGUGAGAUUUGUUUUGUUGUUUACGCCGUGUUUGCUACAAAAUGUCACUUUUACCGCAAGUGUUGUUUUUUCUCUCCACUGUGUUUUUUUAAAAUCUAUUUAUAAUGUUGACCGGUGAGUGGGUUUUUAAUAAACUCUGUAUUUAUGACGGUAAAUAAAAGUUGGAGCAGG